GACAGAGAAAAGACACGGCCAGAGAAGGAGGGAAAGAAAGCGAAAAGAAACAAAAAAGGAGGCGAGAUAGGCUACUUCCCAGUCCAAACUUUAUUUCCUUUUUUUUUUUAAGUUUGUGUGUUUUGAAAACAGGCCCGAUGGUUGCCAGUGGGUUAAGACGGAGACCCGAGGAGUGAGAUACAGCAUCCUGUAAACAGCAGGCCAUGCAUGUUGCACUGCGGCCACGCAGUUGUUGCCUGGUGCUCUGUCUGUGCCUGUCUUUAUCCACCCUGCUGCUACAGAGCCUCUGGGUGCCGAUUGAGAUGACCAGGGAUGAACCUGCUGGCAGGUCACCUGAGGAACAAGGUCAGCGUGGUCCUGGCUUUCGCAGGCUGGCUCUCCGCUUGGAGGCUUUGAACACUCAGGUGCAGAGGCUGAGCAGAGAGAGAGAUGUAACUCAGCUGACCAAAGAUGAUCUCAGUCUGUUACUACAGAGCUUUAGACAGGACCAGCAAGGCUUAGCCCGUUUGGUGGAGAGGGAGUUGAAGAGAGUGUCUCAGAGGCUUGACCAGCUCAGCCGUCAUCAACACCAUCACCAUCAGUCUCACACACCGUCUCCACAUGAUCACCUCGGAUUACACACAGGGCCCAAUGAGAGGUGUGAGGUGCCAAUGGACCCUGCGUAUCCGGUGUGUGCGGAGAAAGUGGAGUUCCUGCGGGCCCAUUGGCAGUCAGACUCCUGUUAUGCCUUUUAUGGAGUGGAUGGUACGACAUGCUCCAUACUGACAUACCUUAGCCAAAUAGAGGACUUUUGUCCCCCUCGUCUUGGAAGAAACCACUCUGCGCUGCCAUGGCACCAGAAACCUCCCUCUCAUACACAGAAGGCUGAGAUACAUACAACUCUGAGCCCACUGUAUGAGGUCAUCAGCAACAGCAGUGGUCCCGCUGUAAACUUCAUCCGAUCCAGAGUGGAAAGGAUGUCUGAACGGUGGAUACAAGCUGCUCUGAGGAUGAGGCAGAGCAGCAACAGGACAGUCUCGACCCAAAUGAGGGUGCUGCUGUAUCCUGGGGCCCUGGCUGGGAGUGUUGGCCAGCGUUUUGAAGCCCUGGUGGAGAGAGGGGGUCCUCUAGGGGAGCUGGUCCAGUGGGCCGACCUCAGCGCCUGUCUCACAAUCCUGGGCCACAACUUAACCUUCAGCACCUCACAGCAACAACUCCACAGCCUGGUAGGUGCUGCGCCAGGGCGAGGCAGUUGUCCAAUCCAGAGGCCCCUGACCUUUGACCUCAUCUACACUGACUACCAUGGCCUUGCUCACCUUCAAGGCACCAUGGGACUGGCUUUCCUGCAUUACCAGUGUCGCUUCAGAAUCCUGGACUCCUUUGGCACCGAACCAGCCUUUAACUUGGGGAGUUAUGCGCAUAGUCAUGGAUAUAAAACGCUGUGGGGCAGCUGGGGUCUGCAACCUCUGCAGUAUAUGACCAUGUUCCCCCAUACCCCUGAUAACUCCUUCCUGGGCUUUGUGAGUGAGGAGGCAGUGAGCGAGGAGGUAAGGGAGGAUGAGCUGGAGCCGGACACCUUCAGGAAAGACAGGAUAGCGGUUGUCUACGGCAAACAGGACUACAUGUGGCAGGGUAAAUCUGAGUAUGUUGAGGUGAUCAGUGAAGAGCUGGAGACCCACGCUACAGUCUACCAGCCUCCAGGUCACACCUCCAAUCUGCCCAGCUUCAUCAGAAACCACGGCCUGCUGACUCAGGAACGCUUCCUGCGACUUCUCCGCAGAGCCAAGGUGUUUUUAGGUCUUGGGUUCCCCUACGAGGGUCCAGCUCCCAUUGAAGCAAUAGCCCUGGGCUGUGUCUUCCUUCAGCCACGAUUUGACCCCCCACACUCGUCAGACAACAAUGAUUUCUACAAAGGCAAGCCCACCACAAGAGAGAUCUCCUCCCAGCACCCUUAUGCUGAAAAAUUCAUCGGCAAACCCCAUGUGUGGACUGUAGAUGUGACCAACAAGACUGAAGUACGGGAGGUGGUCAGAGCCAUUCAACGCACAGAGGUGAAGCCUUUCACUCCCCGAGAGUUCACCUGCGAAGGAAUGCUGGAGAGGGUUCACACAUAUAUUGCUCACCAGAAUUUUUGCAGUAAAUCCGUCCCUACUUGGCCACCAGAAAGCACUCUAAGGGUGCACUUGGGUCCCCUGGGGCAGUCAUGCGUAAGCGUGUGUCGACGGUCCUCCCUUGUGUGUGAGCCUGCUUUGUUUCACCACCUGAACAGUCCUGCUGCGUUUAUCAGACUCAAGAUCGGCUGCUUCAGCAUGGAACAGGAAGUCAACCAUCUGUUUCCUUCCUACAGCCCGUGGGGCCGACGCUGCGGCCUUCAGCGGGAGCCUCUGCUGUUCAGUUGUGCCGGCUCUGACCCCUCUCACCGGAGACUGUGUCCCUGCAGAGCUCACAUACCUGGACAGGUGGCACUGUGCCCUGACUGCCUCUGAAUGACACUGUGAAAGAACUCAGGAAAUAGCAGGAGGAGAAGAGGAAAAAUGUGAUAUGAUAAAGGCAGCACCAAAGAGCUAUCUGCAAUGCAUACUGUAUACAUAGGUAAAGAUUUGAUCUCGACCAAAGAGAGACGGCUGUCCUGCCAAUGCUUUUGAAAGCUUUGUUUGUAGAUCUCACGCCAAUGGUGAAAGAUAGAGUAUCUGCACUCUAUUUUAUUAUCAUGUGCACAUUGAAAUGAGUUGAAAACCAACUGUCAGUGCCCCAGUAACUGAGUGAAGGGGUCAUCUCAAUCAGCAUCCCUGCCAUUUAGUUUUUUACAACAAUUUUAGUUAAUUUAUCACAAACACAUGAAGGUGUUCAUCCCUAUGGGAAUGGACCUUAGUGGUCGCUGAUUGAUAAGUGAAUAUAAGAGAAGUCGUGCCAAAUAGGUAAAGUUAGUUUAUAUGAAAAGUCAGAAUAUGACAGGGUGCAUCCACUUGUGGAUUUAUCCGGUGCGAUUGUUAUAGACAAGUCUUUGUUGGUAUUUUUUCGUGACAGUCAUUACUCAGGAACCAAAACUGAAUGAGUACUUCACCCCUGAAGGACCAUUUGUAUGUCAGUUACUCACCUCGUAUUAAGCUGUAUUCAUGAACGGUGAACGAAGAAUCCAAAAACGUAAAAAAAAAAUUUUAAUUAACUGAAAGUUUUAGGGGUCCACAUUUGACAUCUGCAAAACUGCACCAACCAUCCAUUUACAAACUCUCAGAAUGUGUGCAGUUUAAUCCAAGUCCAGGGAUGGCUGGUUAUCCACUAAUCGGAAGAUCAGCGAUUCGAUCCCUGACUCCUCCAGUCUGCAUGUCGAAGUAUCUUUGGGCAAGAUACUGAACCCCAAUUGCUCCUUAUAGCUGUUCCAUCAGUGUGUGAGUGCAUGUGGAUGGUUACUGAGUAGCAGGUGGCACCAUGUAUGGUAGCCUCUGCCACUAGCGUGUGACUGUGUCUGAAUGGGUGAAUGUGACAUGUAGUGUAAAGAGGGCUUUGAUUGGUCGGAAGACUAGAAAAGCUAUACAGGUACAGUCCCUUUACCAUGUAUUAUUUACCCAGUCAUAUGUUCAGUACUUCUCAAACACAUGGAUUUGUAAACAGAUGUCUUGAUACUGUAUUGUUACUGCUGUUGUUAAACACGAACCCCUGUGACAUCAAUUUGUCAGGAAAUUUUCAGCUUUUUUGGAUUCUUCGUUCACCAUGGAGACAUGCGAGAAACAAAAAGUUUUCUUACCGAAUCCAACGUAACACUGGGUGAGUAAUUGAUAUACAAAUAGUCAUUUGGGUGGUGAAGUAUUCCUUUAAAAUGUUGAAGGAUGAUGAAUUCAAGGCCUGGUCAUGCUGCAGAAUAAAAUCCUUCUUGUUUUUGUAGCUUUUCCUUGAUCCCUUAAGCAAACAGUCUAAAUGAAGGCAAGAUGCACUUUAGGGAAAGGUGUUAAUGUGUAUUUAACUUAAUCUAAGUGAGAAGUGGCACUUAUGACUCUAAAGCCAUUUAAUUCUCUUCUCUGGUUCCAGAUCAUACUCCGUACAGGGCACUUCAAUAUUAUGCUAAAUAAGUAUCCAGUCAUUCAUUUGCUUACAGUAAUGUAUCACGCCGGUCAGCGUUGCAUGGGAUUACCGCUCAUGUAACCCCUCGAUGCAUUACUGGCUGCAAAUAUUAGCCCGGGUCUCGGAGGAGAGCGGGUGACAGCCUAAGUGAUGAGGCUCAUUAUCUGAGUGAAUCAUGGAUAACCUCUGGAUGCCUUUGGGAGGUCACAGCCAUAUGACCAUGAUUAUACUGUCAUAUAAGCCAUUGGUUCCCAACCGUCUUUGACUAAGGAAACCCCCUCAGCUCUGUUUUAAUCCAUGCCCCCCGCCAGUAUAGGCAGAACCUCAUUGUUUGUCUUUCAAACACAUAUUUUGCGUCAUUUAGAGCGGGAAAAGAAGUCACUGAAGGCAGGAUUAAUUAUGUUUUCUUGAGUUAUUUUACUAGAAAUUAUGAUUUUGAUCAUAACAGAUGACUCACUUUGCCCUGAGUUCUUGCAUUUGCUCCAAUAUUAUUCCUUGACUGCCUCAUGACCUAUGGAUACUUAAAGCCUCCCCAAGGGUGUUUUGCACCCCAGGUUGAUAUGAGCAAACAUGGAAACUUUACAUACAGUAAGUGAAGUGAUUUGGCUACAUGACGCAUGCAUAGAGACGUUUAAAGCCUGAAUGUCUCCAUUUCAGAAGCCUCAAAUGGUCACACAGACUUAUCCCAUCAUCCUGAAAGAAACAAAUGAUAACAAGUAAAGGCCAGACUACAGCGUUGUAAGUGAUGGGGUGCUGGAUUAACAUGGCGCAGCUGUUACCAAAGAUGGCUCCAACAAUGGCAACAAGCUGCUAUUUUGAACCGGGUCAAUGUGAGGUUUUUCUUGGAAACAACGCACUCGUGAAUGUUAAUUGGCAGAGCAAGAGACCUUUUCAGCCCCGAUACACUUCAUGUGACCAGAACAUAUUGUCACUCAGGGAUCAGACCGCUCAGGGCUGCGACGACAGGACUGCUCGACAAUGUGAUUGACCAGUAAAUGCCUGUGAAACGGUCCAUGAAAACAACACUUGUGAUGACUUUGGUGGACUCUGGUGAAUUCUUUGGACCUGUCAGAUGUGACUUUUGCUUAAUUAGCUGAGCGGUCCAAAGAUGAUGGAAAUGAACUUGUGUUCAUGUCAGAAGGCUGUUUGGAUUAAAGGAAAAUAAAAUUUGCUUUUGACUCACAGGGACGCCUCUGAAACUAAUUUUUGGAAAGUGAUGUGUCAUUUCUGGAUGAGUCAUGUUAAUUCAUAUCACUUACAUGGGGUAUGGCGUAUAAAAGCUGUCACUCAACUCCCAGGGGGCUGAUAGAGGGUUCAAACUAAGGGUUCAAAAACAGCGGCGAGUAGAUAUGGAGCAAAUGUGUAAAUGUGAACAAAGGUUUUAGUGUUCCACGCGGCUGCCUACUGGAACAGUACAAAACUGACAAAGUCCUUAUGUUUGACGCAAACCCAUAUGUUGAUAUCCAGUGUGAUAUGCUUUGAAAAGACAGUGAUAUGUAUCAUCUAGCUAAUUGUUGUCAUCUGGGUAAUUGUGGUUUGCUGCAAAUCAGUUUUAUGCUUAAAUAAUUUGAUUACAGUGUGGGUUUCUUGUCAGAUCAGAAUCUAUGUGAAUGAAGAUAGAUAGAUAGAUAGAUAGAUAGAUAGAUAGAUAGAUAGAUAGAUAGAUAGAUAGAUCGAUCUGUGGUCACAGUGGUGCUUUAAGCUAAAUGCUAACACUAGCAUGGCAACAUGCUAACAACAGGACCAUUUCGACAGCCCAAAAUUUGGACCAUCAGUCCGAGAAAAAAAAAAAAAAAAGUCCCAUUGGACUGAAAGCCCAUUUCUCUGACAGCCCAUUAUCAGAAAAAACAAACAGCCAUUGCUCUGAAGUCCUGUUUCUCCAAAAAUACACACUCCCUGCAAUUAGCUUCAGUUUCCUAGCAGCGUUUGAGCCAACGUUCCCAGUUUUUACCCACUCUUCGCAUUUCCUAAUAGCAUUGUAGCAACUGAACUAAGGUGUUUUUCUGCAACGUGUCCCUGCAUUUCCAGUGUCUUUUGUGCCACCAAAUGUGAACUAUUAAGCCAAAACAUAAUUUUUUUUUAACUAAUGGGGCUUUGGAAUUUUGGGCAGUCGGAAAAAUUGGCAGUCCCCUUCACACAGCAAUGCUAAAAUGCUAAUGUUUAGCUGGUAUAUUGUUUGCCUUGUUCAUUCCUGUAAUUUAGCAUAUAAGCAUCCUACCUGCAUCCUGCUAGCCAGCACUAAGCCCGAACACUUGAUCCCAAGAGGGAUAUGAACGCCUGUACAACCAUCCAAUGGUUGAGAUAUUUCAGUUUGGACCAAAGCGAUGGACUAACGGACAGGCUGACAUUGCCAUCCAUAAAGCCAUACCACUAGCAUGGUUAAAUAUACUGGACUCUGUACCCAUAUGCCACCUCUGCCUGUUGAAAUAACGAUUAGACGGUUAGAAAAUAAGAGAUGAUUGAUGGAGGAGAAAAAAAAAAUCAAAACCCUUGAGAAACCAAGAGAGGAAACAUGAACCUGUGUCAGGGUCAGCCAGACAUCAUGGAACGUUCACGCUCCAGUAGAGGUUCAAUAAUGUUUGUCUGAGUGCUUUUUAAUUUUACAUGAGAGACAGGAACUUUUUUGGCCACAUAGGGACUCGCUCUCCUUGCUCCUAUACCUUUUAACUGUGGAAUGUGGUGGCAAAUCAAACUUCAC